AUGCAAUCUCGUUGGCUCGCCGCCAUCCUCGCCGUCCUCGCCGUCCGACGGGCCGCUGCUGCUCAGACUGCCGCCGAGCUCAUUGCGGAGGCACGCGCGACCGCUCGCAGGGGCGAUGGCGACCGCGCAGAUUCGCUGCUGAAGCAGGCCGAGCAGGGCCUGCCGGGAGAGGCGCUCAUGCUCCGCGGCAACAUAGCCAUGCACGUGCGGAAGGACGUGGAGGGAGGCAUGGCGCUCUUCCGCGCGUCCAUCGCCGCAGACGCGACGCGGUGGGACUCUCACUACUUUCUGGGCCGCGCGCUCGCCGACCAAGAGCGGUGGGACGAGGCCACCGCCUCGUUCGCCGCCAGCGCAGAGCUCGAUCCCACAAAGUUGACCGUGCUCCUCGACCUCGGAAAGGCUCAGGCGGCCUCAGGAGGCUUCGAGGAUGCCGCCGCGACGAUGCUACGCGCCGCGGCCCUCGACGUGCACAGCAGCCAGGCCCUCCUCCUCCUCGCCCAGACGGCGGUCCAGCGCCGCGAGCUCGAGGCAGCGCUGCGCGCGUACGAAGAUGUGACUGAGCUGCUUCCGUGGCACGCGCAGCCGUUUCUCCAGCUCGCCAGCCUGCGUGUCAGCCUCGUGGCCUCGGGCGUGCCGGAAAGGGCCGCGAUGGCGGCGGCGGCGGCGGCACGGCCGGGCGCACCGUCCGUGUGCGAGCUGCGAGACGCGGCUCGGGCCCUGCAGCCGUCCAUCGCGGUGCCGGAAGCCGUGCGUCGCUCGUGUGAGAGCGGCAGACUCGAAGGGAGUAAGGUCGUCGUCCCCGGCACAGAGUUUGAUGACGACAUCGCCAUCCGGGACAGGGAGGCGGUGGCGGCGCAGGCAAAGGCGGUGGCAGAGGGCCCGUGCCACUUCCUCGCCGCCUUCCCGUCGCUCGCGUCCCGCGCCUCGACGACAGCGUCCGAACCGUCCUCGUCCUCCGGCCCCGCCUGCGUCGUGCGGCUGCCCGCGGGGCGCGCGCUUCGGCUCCGGCACGCCGAAGGCGACAGAAGCGGCGUGCUGGUGCCGGGCGGCGCGCACUUGACCGUCGAGGCGGACGGCGGCGCAGAGGGCAGGCGGGCGGUGCUCGACGCGGGCGGCGCCUCUCGCCUCUUUGUCGUCGGGGCGAACGCCACGCUCACCUUGCGGCGCGUCACGCUGCGCGGCGGCCGCUCGCUGCUCAGUGGGGGCGGCGCGCUGCUCCUCCUCCCGGGCGCCACCCUCGACGCGUCAGAGUGCGCCUUCGAGGCCAACCGGGCGGUGCUGGGCUCUGGCGGGGCGAUCGCGAGCCGCGGGGCGACGGUGCGCCUCCACAAGGUUCGCUUCGCGGACAAUGAGGCGACGCUGCGGGGCGGCGCGCUCUGCCAGACGUGCACGUCGGAGGCGAUGCGAGCGACGACCACGCUGGAGGAGGUCGAAUGGCAUGCCAACCGCGCCGGGCGGGGCGGAGACGACGUGAUGCUGUGCGCGGGGGCGGCGCUCAUUCCACGCCCCUCCUCGGCCGCGUGCUCGCUUGCCGAGUCCGCUGAGCCGGCGGGCAGCAGGGCCGGCGCCGACUCCGCCGGCGAGGAGCCGCCGGAUGGUCUUUCAGCACCCACACGCCUGGUGCUCAGCGGCGGCUCCAUGUCUGCGCUCGAGUGCUCCAACGAGGCGCUCGAGCUCCUCGAGCGGAAAGGCCUCGAGCGAGACGCGCUUCGGCUGCUACAGCACGCGAGCGCCGCGGACCCUUCCUCUCCGAACGCCUUCUCCUUCCACCUCAACUUCCUCUACACCCACGCCAAGGACAGCGAGGCGGCUGCACUCCUCGAGGCUUUUGCCGCAGCUGUGCCCGAUCACCCGUCCCUCCCAGCCUCCAGAGCGAUGCUCGCGGACGCGUCCGCCCCCAUGCUACACCAGCGCGGCCAGACGCUCAACGGACAAGUGGCCCGCAUGCGCGACCCCGGCGCCCCUCUCGCGGUCGACUUCGCGUCGAGGCUUCAGGCGCAGGACGCCGCCACGUCCGCCUUCGCCCAGGCCCUCCGGCUCUCGCCGGCGAGCGGCGAUGUCUGGAACGACCUCGGGACGUCCCUCUUCUUCGCCGGCGAGCUCGCAGAGUCGUCGCUCGUGUACGCUGCGGGCGUCCAGCGCGCCCCGUCGCACGCGGCUCUCCGGGCCGAAGCGAAGCGUGCAGCCGCCUUCCCCCUCGCUCCGAGGUCCGCCGAUCAGAUCACGGUCGACCUCUUUGGUGGCGGAGCACCGAGGAGUGGUGGAGCACCGGGCGGCGGCACCUUCGCGUCCGAGUUCACCGCCAUCCCUCUUCCGGAGGGCUCCUAUGGCAGCCGGCCCGAGUCAGUUGACUUGCAAGCGGGAGCGGAGACCUUUGGCGAGCGGCCGAGGGUGUUUGUGUCGCAGCGGCCGCUGCUGCCCAAGCCGACUUGCGAGCGCUACAUCGCAGCGGCCGAGGCAUGGGCGGCGCGGUCCGGCGGCUGGACGACGGCGAGGCACCACUCGGUGGCGACGACGGACAUUCCGCUGACGUCGCUCGACGAGCUGCUCCCGUCCUUCAACGAGGCGCUGCGCACGCUGCUGCUCCCUGCCCUCUCGGCGUGCUACCCCGAGGCGGCUCCCCUGGCGAGCUCUCUGCGCGUCCUCGACUGCUUCCUCGUGCGGUACGACGCGACCAAGCAGGCCUCCCUGCCCACGCACACGGACCAGUCGCUGCUCAGCUUCACCAUCGCCCUCAACGACCCCGGAGAGUACGACGGCGGAGGGACGUGGUUCCGCGGACUCGGCCGUGCGGUCGACGCGCCCGCCGCCGGCCACGCCGUCCUUUUUCCGGGCAAGGUGGAGCACGGCGGUCACCCGAUCACGCGGGGGGUUCGAUACAUCAUCGUGCUCUUCAUGGGCUACGAGACAAACAGGCUGAGCCAGCGGCCUGCAGGCUACGCGCUCGAGGCGGCCGGCAUGGGCGCGUGUGGGGAGGCCGCGUCGCGGCCCCUCCAUCUCGCGUCGCUCCACGAGCAGCCUCAGCCGCGCCUCCUGGAUGAGGCCACGCUCGUGCUGCCAGCUGGUGGCGAGCGCGUCGACGCCGAGAAGCGCGCGCACGAGCUCAUACCGGCGAGUGAAGAGGCGGAGCGCCAUGUCGAUGCACGAGUUGUGCGCGAGCUCGAGCCGCGCCAGCUCCUGCACCGCGAGCCGCUCACCGCCGACAGCCGCCUCGACGCGCUCGCGCAUGGGCGUGCAGCACCGCACGUCGGCGAGGAACGCGCGGUGUGGCGUGGGCAGAUCGGCAGAGGCCUGCCACUCGCGAAAGCGGCCGAUGGCGUGGCCGCCGCGAUGCACGCCGAGCAAGCGCACGGCGGCCCGCCACGCAGCAGGCAGGCCGUCGAGGUCGAGCGGGGGUCGCGCGGGCAGCAGGCCCCGCUCGUCUGUCACCGCCCACAGCUCGCCGGCCGCCGCGUGCUCCGCUCCGAGGCGCUGGCCGGCGUGGAGCGUGAGGGCAGCCUCGGCGAAGGCGGCAGCCGGCAGCUUCCAAUCCGGCGGGGCGUGUGCGGCGGGGGGGCGGAGGAGCGGCGACGAGACGGCGAGGCAGAGGCCGAGCCCGCCUCGUGGAAGGCCUCGUCGCCCUCGAACGUCGCCAUGGCACACUCCGGCCACGACUCGUCCUCCGCCGCGCCGGCGCCCGCGCCCGCCGUGGCACCCACUCCCGCCGCACCACCGCCCGACGCCAUCGCCUCCUCGCCGCCGCCGCCGCCGCGCCCGCCGCCUGGAGACGGCGAGACGUGCGGACCGCCCGUGUCGGCGGUCGCAGACAGCGACGCCGGCGAGCCGCCGCCGCUGCUGCCGACGCCGCUGCCCGCACGGCGCGCCGCCUCCCGCAGCCGGACGAUGAGGGGGCGGAGGGGGCGGCGGCGCACGUCGUCGAGGAAAUCGCGGUGCGGCGCGGGCAUGUACUGCUCGAAGGCCUUGAGCAUCGCGCCGAGCGCCUCGGACGACAUCGAGAUGCCGAGGAAACCGUCGCAGAGCGGGAGGAUGGCCGACAUGGCGCCUACAUGGAAGUGUCUAGGAAGUGUCUAG